AUGCCCCGCUCCAGCGGCCCGGUCGACUCCCCCGCUCGACUGUCUCUGAUCUCGAGGCACCUGGCUCCCUCUUACCCACUCAACACUCCUUAUACCGUCGAGAGACACCCGGACAACAUCGACACUUCUCUCUUGCCCAAGACACAAACCCGCGCCCUCACUACCGACGCCAACUCUUCAGCCAAGAUGUCUACCCAGCCCGAGCACCCGACUCUCCUUAUUCCCGGACCCAUCGAGUUCGACGAUGCCGUCCUCAACUCCAUGAGCCACUACAGCGAGAGCCAUGUCGGCCCUGCCUUCGUCAAUGUCUUUGGCGAGACCCUGUCGAUGCUGCGCAAGCUGUUCCAGACCACGGACUCCUCCGCUCAGCCUUUCGUCCUGUCCGGCUCCGGUACCCUUGGUUGGGAUCUCGUCGCCGCCAACCUCAUCGAGCCUGGUGAGGAUGCGCUCGUUCUCAGCACCGGUUACUUUGGCGAUGGCUUCGCCGACUGCCUAAAGGUCUAUGGCGCCAACGUCACCCAGAUCUCUGCCGAGCCCGGCAGCCGCCCUCAGCUCCCCGAGAUCGAGAAGGCCCUUUCCGAGAAGAAGUACAAGCUCCUUACCGUCACCCACGUCGAUACCUCCACCGGUGUCCUCAGCGAGCUUAAGAACCUUUCCGAGCUCGUCCACAGGGUUUCCCCCGACACCCUCGUCAUUGUCGAUGGUGUCUGCUCCGUCGCCUGCGAGGAGAUUGACUUUGAUGCCUGGAAGCUCGAUGGUGUUGUUACUGCCUCCCAGAAGGCCAUUGGCUGCCCCGCCGGUCUCUCUAUCUCCAUGUUCAGUGGCCGCGCCAUCCAGGCCUUCCAGAACCGCCAGACCCCCCCUACUUCUUACUUUGCUUCGAUGAAGAACUGGCUUCCUAUCAUGCAGAACUACGAGGCCAAGAAGCCCUCUUACUUCGCCACUCCUUCUCCCCAGCUCGUUCGCGCCCUCCAUACCGCCCUUACCCAGAUCGUCGCCCAAGGCGUCAAGGAAAGGUUCGCGGCCCACAAGGCGGCUUCGGACAAGAUCAAGGCUGCCAUUGCUGCCCUCGGCCUCAAGCAGGUCGCCGCCAACCCCGACGACCAGGCCCACGGCAUGACCGCCAUCUACCUCCCCGAGAACGUCAAGGGCGCUGAGCUUCUUCCCAAGCUCGGUGCGAGGGGCGUUGUGUUCGCCGGUGGCAUCCACAAGGCCAUCGCCGCCAAGUACAUUCGUUUCGGCCACAUGGGCGUCAGUGUGUUGGAUCCUAGCAGAGGCCAUGUCGAGAAGGCCAUCAAGGCUCUCGAGGAGGGUCUGUCCGAGUGCGGUUACCAAAAGGCUUAG